UCAGUUACUAAUGUCUUUCUGUCACAGCAAUCAGCGAUUUGAAGGGGGUGCAAGCUACCUUCAUGCCCCUGAUAGCUGAUAUUAGUGCAUUUGUUCAAAAUUGCACACAUUAGCAGCUAUGCUAGGUAGUUAUGGCAUUCAACCUGUCACUGUGUUUUUUAACAACUCCAAAAACUGCUUUCUUCACCUACCCAACAACUUGUCUGCGCAGCUUUCUCUGCAUGAGAACCAGGCAGUGGAGCUUUCCUGGGACCAUGGCGUGCCUGUGUUUCUCAGUUGGACGCGUGGCAGAAGUUCCUCAACCCUGGAUGACCAUAAAGUAGAACUGAACAGACAACUAGGGGAAAAGCUGGGACUCAGAGACGGAGAGCAUGGAUUUCUGCGGCCGUGUCAGCAGGUGUUGUCUGUACAACAGGUGUUUGUGGAACCGCUGUCGGCCGAUGACUGGGAGAUCCUGGAGCUCCACAGCGCGGCGCUGGAGCAGCAACUGCUAGACCAGAUCAGGGUGGUGAGUCAGGGCUCAGUGUUCCCUGUCUGGGUGGACCAGCGAACCCUCAUCUACAUCAGGAUAGAAUCUCUCUCUCCUACUGUCCCAUACGGUCGCCUGGAGCAGUUCACUGAACUGGUCGUCUCUCCCAAGCUCCGCACAGGAAGUCCACACUUCCCCAGCCACCCCUUCACCUCAGCCAAUCAGAGCCAGUUCAGUUCUGACUCACCCAAUCAGAACGGGUCCAGUUCUUCCCCAGCCAACCAGAACCAGUCCCUCCACAGGCAGCCGACCUACGACCUCCCCCCAUCCCUCAGCUCCAGUCUGGGGCGCAGCGCUCCAGAGUCUGACCCAGCCGCGGAGCAACCCAGCGUGGCUCCACAGGCUCAGCAGUGGGGGGGCAUAGCUGACCUGAGGAGCCUGCUGAGGUACAUGCUGACAGGGGCCUACCCCCCCACGAGAGAGGUCCCCCCCAUACCCGCCAUCCCUGCCCUCCUGGGGGACUCUGUCUACAGGGUGUGCAGGUCGCCGCCUGGGCCCUCCUGCCAAGCUAGCGUUAGCCACGAUGCUGUUCAUCUGCUGCCCUGGGGGACAGGCGGGAGGGGGGUGGAGGGGGGAGGACAGCCGGCCGUGACGUACGGCCUCCUGUCCAGGGUGGCCUCCCCCAAGGAGGUGAGGGAGAGUGCCAAGCAGGCCAUGGAGAAGAGGAAGAGCGGAGGGGGAGGUGGAGGUGGUGGAGGAGGUGAAGGUGAUGGUGGAGGGGGUGGAGACCAGACCUCGGGCGGAGCAGCGGAUGGAGAGAAGGAGAAGGCGGAGAGGGAGCAGGUGAGCGUGGUGAAGGUGGCGUGUCACCAUGUGGAGACCCUCAGGAGCAAGCAGACCACCUCCAGAGGAGGAGAGCUUCACUGUGGCCUCGCCUGGGUCCCAGAGGCGCUGGCCUCCAGGAUGAACAUCCAGCUGCACUCCACCCUGAGGAUCAGGCCCGUUCAGACCUGCCCUCAGGUGGCCUUCAGCAUCAGCCUGCAGCCUCUCAAAUCCCUGCCGGGAGCUGAGAGUGAGGAGGAGGUCCAGAUGGCCUUCCUGGGGUGGCUUCACACCCGGAGCCAUCAGCCCCUGGCCUGCCUCACCGCACGCUCCAGUCUGGUCCUGCUGCAUGGAACAGAAGGGAAGCAGGAGUUUGUCCUGGCCGUGGUGAAGCCCGAGGCAGAGAGGGAGCCUCAGGACCAGCUGUUUCUCCUGGCCUCGUCCCUGAUCCGGAGAGAACACAUACAGGUGAUCAGGGAGCCCGUAACCAUGCCAACGGUAAAGGCAGUUGCCGAAACGCCCGGUCCAGAACUUCCCUCCCUGGAUGUUUUGGGUGGGGUGGAGGAGCAGAGCCGAGCGGCAUUCGAGUUCGUCUCGCACAGUCUUCUGGGUAGCCCGUUGUCACGGGAACUGGUCUCUGGGGGGCGUGGCCUCAGGGGCGGAGCUCUGCUCAUCACCGGUGCCAAGGGAAGUGGGAAGUCCUCUCUGGCCAGGGCUGUCUGCAGGAAAGCUGCUGAGGAUCUGGAUGCACAUGUAGAGGUGGUGGAAUGUAUGAAACUGAAAGGCAAGCGGGCAGACAGCGUGCGGCAGGUGUUGGAGGAGGUUUUUGAGCAGGCGGUGUGGAGACAGCCGUCAGUGGUCCUGCUGGACGACCUGGAUCAUGUGACGGGGGCGGCGACCUCACCAGAACAGGACCACGGCCCAGAGGCCCUUAUACACCAGCACAUCACCCAGAGUGUAAGGGACCUGGUGGAUGACAUGGUAGUCAGGUCCAGCCUGGUGUGUGUGAUGGUCACCAGUCAGAGUGAACACAGUCUUCACCCUGCUCUCAGAGAGGUACAGGGGUCACCCCUCCUCCAGGGUCACACACACAUCCCUGCCCCUGACCAGGCCCAGAGAGCAGACAUUCUUGGCUGUCUGAUCCAGAGGAAGUCUCUCCAGUCAGACACCCUCUCCUCCCUCCCCCUGGCAGCCGUUGCCAAGGAGACGGAGGGUUACCUGGCCCGAGACCUGACCCUGCUGCUGGAGAGGGCGGUCCAUGCUAACGCUGUCCACCAAGGGGGCUGUUCCUCCCAGGGGAUCAGUUUAUCGUGGAGAGACUUCCUAGUGGCUCUGAGGGACUUCACUCCCCCCUCUCUGUGGGGGGCGGGGCUACAGCCACCCAGCGGGGCGGGGCUGGAGAAGGUGGGCGGGCUGCAGGACGUGCGACAGCUCCUGAUGGACACCGUUCUCCUGCCUGCCAAGUUCCCCCUCAUGUUCUCCAGGCUGCCGGUCCGCCUGCGCUCCGGCGUGCUGCUGUACGGAGCUCCCGGUACCGGCAAGACCCUGCUGGCCGGGGCGCUGGCCAGGGACAGUGGCAUGAACUUCAUCUGCAUCAAGGGCCCUGAGCUGCUAAGUAAGUACAUCGGCGCCAGCGAGCAGGCCGUCCGAGACGUCUUCCAGAGGGCCCAGGCUGCCAGACCCUGCCUGCUGUUCUUCGACGAGUUUGAUUCGCUGGCGCCCCGGAGAGGUCACGACAGCACGGGGGUGACAGACCGUGUGGUCAACCAGCUGCUUACCCAGCUGGACGGGGUGGAGGGGCUGGAGGGUGUGUAUGUUCUGGCGGCCAGCAGUCGUCCAGACCUGAUCGACCCAGCUCUGCUCCGGCCUGGCAGACUGGACCAGUCCCUGUACUGCCCCCCUCCGGAUCAGACAGCGCGUGUUGAGAUCCUGCAGGCUCUCUCCUCCUGUGUGCCUCUGGCGGCUGACGUGGACCUGGACCUCCUGGCCUCGGCCACAGAGCAGUUCUCUGGAGCCGACCUCAAGGCCCUGCUCUACAACGGCCUGCUGGACGCUCUGCACAGCCCCGCCCACCCGGCCGCCCCCGCCCCCUCCGCACACGAGCUUGGUUCAGGCUCGGACAGCGACGGCAGCCUGUCCUCCAUGAUCUUCCUGAACCACAGCAGCAGCUCGGACCAGUCUGCCUGGGAGGGGGAACCGUGCGGGGGCCCGGCCGGCCUGGAGGCCCCCCUGGAGCCCCAGGAAGCUAGAGAGCUGCUCCAGGACACCAGCAGGAACAUCUGGAGGCUGUACUUCGGCAGCUCCUUCGAGUCUGAGCUGGGGAACCCAUCACCUCCCGGCCUGGGUGUGUCUGACCCCAGCUCCAUGACCCAUGAGCUCCCGGGGGGGCUGGGUGCAGGCGUGGCGGCGGGGCCCCCCCCAGCCUGCAUGCCCUCUCUGCAGAGGGGCUACGAGGAGUGUAGCCCAGAGCAGCAGCAGCACCUCCUGCUGGAGGUCAGCUGCAUCAAGAACAACUACCGGACAACUACAGAGGAGAGCUCCAUCCUGGGUCAGGCUGGCUCCUGCCACCCCCCCCUGGUUCUGGGUCAGGCCAACCUCCUCUCUGCCCUGGCCUCCACCAGACCCUCCCUCAGCAGGGCUGACUGGAAGCGCUACUCUGACCUCUACGAGGCGUUCGGUGGGUCAGGAGAGGGAACGACUCCGGGGCGCCCAGUCAUCAAACCUGGACAACGAGUCUCCCUCGCGUGAUGUCAUCAAACCUGGACGAGUCUCCCUUGUGUGACGUCCUUAACAGUCCACCUAAACUGUUGAUUCAAGGGGUUUAUUUUUCGCGUCAUUGAUACUUAAUUUAUUGCCGUUUAAUUAGGACAUAACUGAAAGUAAUAUUCGUCCUUAAAUUCAGCUCCAUGUGUUUGAUCUGAUUGUACAGCCUUGUACAAACCUUCUCCAGUUGAACCUUGAACUUUCUUGAAGUUAAAACACUCAUUUUAAAAUGAGAAUAUGUUGAAUGAAUUAACUGUAUAUUUGAAUGUUAAUAUGUAAAUCUAAAUAAUCAUUUUGUACUGACUCAAUUAUGAUUGUGAGAAAUGUACAAUCUGUUCAAUUUAAUAAAAUGAUUAGACUGGU